UUCUGACUAAUACUUCUGUCGUCGUCAUCUACUUUUCUUCUCCCUUCUUUUCCCUUCUCUCCUCACCCCGUAUUUGAUUCCUUCGUUUCCUUUAAAUUGUAAUCUUCUCCGCCUCUCUUCUUUGCUCUGCGAUCCCUUUCUCUCUCCGGUUCUACUUUUUUUCAUCGAUCGAACUCGAGCGUCGAGGUAAAUCUCUGGGCUUUGGCGUUUUUCACAGAGUACCUGAGCUGGUGGGUCCGUCUCCUCCUUUGAAUGAUUUCGUCCGGACCUGAAUGACGUAGUUGGCGGAAGAAGCCUGUGCUAGGAAAGAUGGGCUGCUUCCCUGUCUUGAGAUGUAAGAAGGGAAAGAAACACGAGCAAUUUGUCAACCGGAGACCUAACACUAUCAAAGAGUAUACUUCUACCGCACUUCCCGAGCCAGAAACCCAUGGACUCUCUCUCCAGUCUGCUCCUCCAAGUUUCAGAACGAGGUCGAAACCCAUAUAUCCAGUCAACAGGGUUACCGGUAGUAGACACCGAGCUUUGUCUGCGCCUUCUAGACUAGAUGUGGCUGAAGGAGUUGCAGUGGAAUUUGAUGAUCAUGGAGAAUCUAAGAUCAAUGGCUGUCUGGCGAAGGAACAGCGGUCUGCAAAUCCCCUGCCUCUCCCUCUUCCUUCAGCAGAAGGUUCUUCUGUUCUGAAAAGCCUGGGAAGUUGCAAGUCAAGCAAUGCCGGCAACCUUACCUUAACUUCUGGCCCUCUGCCUCUGCCACCACUAGCAAUGGGACUGAGGAACUUCUCGCUUGAAGAGAUUUCAGCUGCUUGCCUUCAUUUCUCGGUCGAUCGAUGUGUUUCAGAAGGCAUCUCCUCGACAGUCUACACAGCAACCUUUGGAGAUGAUACAUCGAGUUCCAGGAAACUUGAAGCCACAGUCAGUCGCCUCCUUCCUUCCAGUCAGGGGUUAAAAGAAUUCAUGACUGAAGCUAACAGAUUAGCAUCACUACAACAUGCUCAACUGUGUAGAAUCCUUGGUUUCUAUGCACGUGAGGGCUCUGAUGAGCGCAUGUUAGUUUAUGAGAGGCUCUAUCAUGGAAGCUUGGAUCAACUACUUUAUGCGAGAUUUGAUGGGCCUUUGAUUGACUGGUGUGCAAGGAUGAAAGUGGCUCUCUGUGCUGCACAAGGUCUUGCAUUUCUGCAUGAAGAAGGGCCUUUCCAGGCCAUGUACAACGAGUUCUCAACUGCAAAUAUACAAAUCGACAAAGAUUUUAGUGCGAAGUUAUCAGGUUAUGGCUGUGCGAGCUACAAUCCAGAAACAGAGAUCUCAAAUAUCUCUGCAGGAAAAGCUGCUGUUGCGAAUCUUCCUGACGAAACACUGGAGAGAGGGUUGCUCACUCCUAAGAGCAAUGUAUGGAGUUUCGGUAUCGUUCUUCUUGAACUGCUCACUGGUAGGAAGAACAAUGAUUCCCGCCAUAUGAAGGAAGAGCGCAACAUCGUCAAAUGGAGCAGGCCUUAUCUUGCUGAUGAUUGCCGUCUAUCCCUGAUCAUGGAUCCUCGCCUCAAAGGACGGUUCCCUCCCAAGGCUGCCCGAGCUGUUGCUGAUAUUGCUUUAAAAUGUCUCCAGAAAGAUCCUUCAGAAAGGCCUACUAUGAGGACCAUUGUGGAAUGCCUCAAAAAUGUACAAGAGAUGAAGUACCCUUGUCGCUUCCCUCUUCAAGAACCAGCAGCUGUUGCAGGAAAACAGAUGUUGAGAUCCCCAAGUCUUAAUGGUAUAAUUACUCCAUCACCCUGGUUGAGCUUUUCACCUUCACCACCUUCAAGGACCCGAUCAUCAGAUUCACCAUCUAGGCCGUCGGUCACCUUACCUCUUCCUCGAAGUUGUUCUUCCAGCCUCUCAGUAGAAGAUGCUAGCUUACACACUCUCAAGAAAUUGCCAUCAUUGCGGAGACCUGGGUUGGAAGGGUUUUAGUUGAUGAUACUUCUUUAUAUUGUUUAUUAUUAUUUUACUCCAUGCUUUUGUGCCUCUGUAUCAUAGUUUGGUGUAAUAUAGAGUUUAAGCUGUGAUUUAUCAGUCUGCGAUCCACCAUGCAGGGACCUCCCGGUAUCAGGAAGCUGUUGGUUGAAAAUUUGUAGAUUAGAGUGCAAGUCUUGUAUUUUGGAAUCAUCAGUUUUCUGACUGUGAAAAUGAAAUUUUAGUUGGUCGUUGUUCAGCUGCUCCA